AUGGUUUCUGCAAAUGCCAUGGCAAGCAAUAUCUAUGACUACACACCUUCAAUAGCAGCAGCAGUCGUCUUUGCUGUUCUGUACAGUCUAACAUGUCUUACAACAACGGCCCAGUACUUCAUGCUACGCUGCUGGUUUUGGCUCUUCAUGGUCAUUGCGUCUAUCAUGGAAGCAGUAGGCUACAUUGCGAGAAUCAUUUCGGCCAAGAAUGUUACAUCAACAACAAUAUAUGCUGUCUCAUUUCUUCCUAUUUUCCUGGCACCUGCAGUCAUUGCAGCUUCUUGUUAUAUGGCAAUGGGGAGAGUAAUUCUCCAUGUCACACCUGUGAAAUUUCGCACUUGGAAAUCGCUCUGGAUUAAGCCUCGAUGGAUGACUUUAAUAUUCGUGACGUGCGACGUGAUAUCGUUUCUCGUUCAAGUUGUCGGUGGUCUCAAAAGUGCUACCAGUGACAGUGCAUCUGGGAAGGAAUCCGCUUUCAGCAUUAUGAAAAUCGGUCUCGCUAUACAACUUAUUCGCUCAAUAUAUCGAAUGAUCGAGUUUUGCACUGGGUUCGACGGCUAUCUGGCCACGCAUGAGUGGAAUUUUUAUGUCUUCGAGGCCGCCCUCAUCCUUCCUAUUUUCAUUCUCUUCAAUAUCUGGCACCCAGCGCAUUAUUUGUCUCAAACAGGGUGGAAGCAGAAACGAACCGGUGAUGAGCUCAUCUUGGAUGACAGAUCAGAUACCAAUAGCCCGACGCCGGUAUUGGGUGAGAGGUCAUGUCGGCAAGUUGUAUAG